ACACACACACACACACACACACACACACACACUGUGUCUCCUGCUGGAGCUCAAGGACUGAAGGACACCGUAAAGCGCAGCUGAUAAGCGGCUUUAAACGGUUAAUUUGGCCCCGGUGGCCUUCAGCAGGCUGCAGGUAAACGCAGCCGCAGCCCGACUCACUGAGCUCGGUCUCAGCAGAGACGCUCCGGAUGCUCUUCAGUCCUCAACAUGAGCUUUAACGGAGGAAACAUCUCAUCAUCCGCAGCUUUCUGUCAUUUUAGGAUUUUAACGCGUCUUUGAAUCAGCUGAUUUUCAUCUUCAAAACACAAAAUGUUCCUUUUCAAGAAGACAGGCGGAACUUUAUUAGCAUCUGUUUAAUAACUAUGAGUUAACGGUGUGAAUGUGUGUUUUACUUUGUGAAUAAGACCGAGUUCCACCUGUUUCCAUCCAGUUUUACGCGGAGUCUUUUGCGUAAAGUGCGCAGCGGCGCCCUGGAGCUCCACAGCACAGUCUGGUAGAGUCUCCGGGACACCGUGAUGAGACUGCAGUGCGGGGACCAGAGUCCUGCCCGGCCUUCAUGAGAGGCCGCUGGCCGCGCUGCUGUGGCUCGGACCGGGACGGAGCGGAGGAGCCGCGGCGGAGAUGUCGGCCAACCUGAGCGCGGCGGAGGCGGAGGAGGCGGCGGCGGCGGCGGCAGGACACAACGUGCCGGCCCUGGUGUUCGGGGUGCUGCUGAUCGUGGUGAUCAUCUGCGGGAACCUGCUGGUGUGUCUGAGCGUGUUCACCGAGAAGGCUCUGAAGACCACAACCAACUACUUCAUCGUCAGUCUGGCGGUGGCGGAUCUGAUGCUCGCGGUGCUCGUGCUGCCGCUCUUCGUCUACUCAGAGUUCCAGGACGGCGUUUGGACCCUCAGCACCACCAUCUGUGACGCUUUGAUGACCAUGGACGUGAUGCUGUGCACCGCCUCCAUCUUCAACCUCUGCGCCAUCAGCGUCGACAGGUUCAUCGCCGUGUUGAUUCCUCUCAACUACAACAGGAAGCACGUGGACACGCGGCAGAUGGUCCUGCUGUCGGCCACCUGGAUCCUCGCCCUGGCCGUGGCCUCGCCCGUCAUAUUCGGCAUCAACAACGUGCCGGGCCGCGACCCCACCGAGUGCAAACUGGAGAACGACGACUACGUGCUGUACUCGUCCGUGUGCUCCUUCUUCAUCCCGUGUCCCAUCAUGCUGCUGCUGUACUGCGGCAUGUUCCGCGGCCUGCGGCGUUGGGAGGAGGCGAGGAAAGCCAAGCUGAGGAAAAGCAUCCAGGCCUGCCGCAAACUGCAGGAGGCCGCCGCCUCGCUGCCGCCGCUGGCCUCGCUGCCGCCGCCCCUGCCGCCCAUCAUUGAGCGAGAAAUGACGGACACUCAGGACGAGCCGUCCACCUUCCCGUCCUCAGACCGGCCCUUCCCCUCGCCAGGGUGCAAAGACGGCCUCGUGAAGACGGUGAGCUUCACAGAGAUCAAGUUCAACCCCGACCCUCACAGGAGGAAGACAGCCAAGAUCAACAGCCGCGAGAGGAAGGCCAUGAAGGUGCUUCCUGUCGUUGUGGGUGCCUUCCUGUUCUGCUGGACUCCCUUCUUUGUCCUCCACACGAUGCGAGCUCGCUGUCAGGACUGCUACGUCCCACCGGCGCUGAUGAGCGUGGUGACGUGGCUCGGCUACGUCAACAGCGCUCUCAACCCCGUCAUCUACACCGUUUUCAACACGGAGUUCAGGAACUUCUUCAAAAAGUUUCUGCACCCCUGCUGCUCCUGAAAAUGCCUGAACAGGAUGCUGCUGCUGCUGCUCGGACGACUUCUGAAUGCACAACUGCAAGAAAUGCUUCUGACUGUCAAAGUAGCGUCUUUAGUCUGUAUAUGUUGCCAUUGUUUACUUCCUCUUUUGAUUUUCUACAUGUGACGACAGCAAAGUUUGUUUGAGCUUCCAUGUUUCCUGUGAAGAAGCUUCAGAGGAUCAGCAACACGUUAUCAUCGUACAUCACACAGCAGAUGAGAGCUGGUUUUAUAUGUUGAAAUUCAUCUUUUCAGAAUAAAUGUUUUCAUUAAAAUGCAGUCAGAGCAGUGUGUUUGUGGAGCGAUGAAGAUACAACAGCUGAGAUCUGCAGAUUAAAGACUGGAUCAGUUCAUCUCACAGCUUAAAGGAUCAAUUUGCUGGUUUUCUAUCUUUGUCUUCAUGUUUGGAUCCAAACCAAACAUUGAAC